GUGCUUGUUUGCUUUAAAGUUCCUUAUGUUCUCCUGUCCUUUAACAUCAUUCGGGAGUUAGCACCUUUCGUCUUCUCAACUUCUAAGUCAACUUAGAAGAUUAGUAAAAAACGUAUCUAUCUCUUCACCGAUUUAUAAAAGCACUGCAAAACCUUACUGUUUACAGGAUGCUGCCACCAAGCCUUGUUAGUACAUACCAACAGUACAAGAAUGACACCGAUUCUAUUGCUGGCUGGCUUGCCUCUACGGCAAAGGCUACCGGCUAUGUGUCCGACCCCUUAACUCAGCAGCCACCCAAGGGGACAAGUACACGGCUGAAAGGUAAAGCGAGGGCUGAAGCUAAGAAGAUGCAAGCUUCCUCAACUAGCAAACCAACAGCAGUCAACAAGUACAUUAUCAAGAUCAAGGACUUCAUACCACUUGCAGAGUUUAUAGCUUCCAAGCACGACAUAUCUAUCCCAAACUCGCUCACCACUACCCUGCGUCGAGUCAUCAUUGCCCGUGGAGGGUUUAGUAACCUGCUUGCCGAGAAAGGGGCCAUCGCAGAUGAGAUAUCGGAAGUCAACCACGGCUAUUUUGUAGGCGUCCUUGAGAAGGUACAAGAGAUUCUGAAACUGAAACCGCAAACGAAUACCACGUCAACUAGUUCUGCUGGUUCCUCCCCUACAGCUUCCAAGGAUAACUCUCGCGCGGGGACUACUGAUGAUGAGUUGUCCAACAAAUUCGCCGGCUUAAAGGUGUAUGAGCCCUCGGAAGAUUUCCUCAAUGCACCUGACAUGGAACGACCAAAGGUCCGCGAAGGUGAUAAUGUAACAUACGAAGCAGAGCCACCAUCGUCCCUUGAAGAUCUCUACGUUGCCGUAACACUAUUGAUCAACGAUAUCAACAAGAUUCGAUCUCGCAUCGAAUGGAUAUGGACCAACUAUCGAGAUGGGUUUUUUGAGCUGGCUGCCUGUGCGGUUACCACUAAUACCGCUAUUGACCUAGCACGGAAACUCAUGGAAGACGUAAUACCGAUGUUCCAAGAUCAUGGUGGGUUAUUGGCGGUCUUGAACCAGUUUCACAUCGCCCAAGCGAUGAUGAAAGGGUACGAGCCUUUUAGUCACUCGCCCAGCGGUGCCGAUAAUUUCAACUACGACACAUACGACAUUGCGAAUGGAACCUACAUAUUAACCUGCAGAAUCAUGGAUGCGUUCACUAGGGUAGUGCAGCCUCGAGCCAUUCCACUGUACAAGGAAGGGAUGUUUGGUUACUACGAUCCUCGAAGCGCUCGAGAUUCCAAGUCGGGCUAUCAGAAAUUCGAAGAAGAUCGAGUGUUACUCAUGUCGUUCUUCACAGAGCUCAUGGCGGUGGAACGGGGGGUUAGCGACUAUCCAGUCGAAGACGAAUUUUUGCGUGGAAUCAAGGAGCUAGCCAAGACUAAAGAAGUGCCAUUUUACCUUGUCUUUGCCGCCCAGAUAUUUCUUGAUAUUCACUAUAUCCUUCGUGGGAACGCAGAUCGAGGGUUUGAGACGCUCCAAAUGAACCUUCAUUUUUUGAAUCGAGAAAUUGAGGAGCAUUUCGAAUUCCAUAAAGACCUGAAAAUUGAUAACUGGCCCACCAGUCACAACCAGAUGAUACGAUACCUUCAAGCAAAAAUACAGUACAUACUAGGAGACCCCAUAUACAAGGCCAAAACUCAAGCGUACCACGAACUCCGCGAGCCCGUUCCAGCGUCCAUGGAGCCCAAUAGAAUGUUGAAAAUGUCACCGGUUCUCAGCGGCCUUUUGCUCUACCAUUUUCGCUCAUCCACCUGGGAAAUCGGUAUCAGGCUCGCAGACGCUUGGGGAUCCAUCACUUACUCACUGCAUCUGUAUAAUGCCCUACAGAGCGAGAAGCUACUACCAAACUGCUGGCCAGAUAUGGACUUGGUAUGGGCGGUACUCGGUGAUAAAUUCUUCGUUGGAGAUACCCCCAAAACUCCAGAAAACUACUUCAAGAAGUUCUCCCUCCAAAUGGGCGCAACAGCAGCAGCGUUUACUGGCAAGCGCCGGAAGAACACGGCCUUGACCUCUCGGUCGGGGCCUCGAGGGAUCAAAGAUGGGAUACCAGUUUCGUCUAUGUUUAUGAAUCGGUACCGACAUGGAACGGGGCAGGUCGACUGGACGGCUGAGCACAUUGCCAAAAUCGUCGACCUUAGCCUGUGGGAGACAGAAGGUUUAGAGGAAGAGGGCACUGUGAUUCUGGGACAGGUCGAUACCAAGAAGCCGAAACGGCAGUCGAAAUCAAUCAAGGCUAACAAGUUCUCAGAAAUGCCGCCAGAACAACUCAUCAGAGCCUUAAUGUUCGCAUUGCAAGGUGAGGCCCUUGAGUUAGCUCUCCCUUACACCGCAAUGCACCGUGAAUGCUGGUCACUUUUACGAGCCGUACGAAAGCAUUGUGAUCCCCUGCUUCGACAGAUGUUCACCUCAAAGUAUAUGGAGCGAGAAACAGAACUGCCUUUUGUAGUGGGCUGGAUAUUCACCGCUCUUUGGGAAGGACAAGAUACGAAGCUUCUAGGAGAUGCCGGCGUUGCCGUUGCUGAGUUCAUACAAUCAAAUGGUAAUACAGUCCUGGACUUGCUAAAAAGUAUAGGAGUACCUGUGGUCUUCGGGGGAGAAGAGAUAGUAUAA